AUGGUUUUUCCGGCGAGAGAAGGUGCAGUUGCACCUCCUUGCGCCUUACUAGGUCCGCCAGUGCCGGGAGGAGGAGGAGGAGGAGGAGGAGGUUAUGAUCCGUGUACAAAGAACUAUGCAACAACAUACUUUAAUCGUCCAGAUGUUCAGGAAGCCUUACAUGCAAAUGUAACCAAAAUAGCCUGUCCAUGGAUCUUCUGCAGAGAGGUUGGAGGGUGGAGCAUUGGGCAUGAUGGGUUGACUUUCUUGACCGUGUGA